CUUACUCUUGACGAGGCCCAUCAUACUCCACGCUUGUAUCAAAACGAAUUAGGAUUGAAAUCGAACUGAACUCAACAUGCCGCCAUCGCAACCGGCGUCAGUCGUCGGCCACCGCUAAAUACCGAUAUAGAAAACGCACCGUCGUACCGAAUCUCCUCUCAGCACCGUCAUUCACAGCAUAGAUGAAGAUUAAGAAGCAAAGUAGACACAGGAAGACUUUGACGUUUUUCACUGCAUGUUUUGGUUUCCAUAAGCCUUACAAAGUUCUGUGUGACGGAACAUUUGUGCAUCACCUUAUUGACAAUCGUAUAACCCCUGCUGAUAGGGCUCUUGCCAAUAUUCUUAGUUCUACGGUCAAGCUCUACACAACAAGAUGUGUUGUAGCUGAGUUGAAACGGCUUGGUAAAUCGUAUUCGGAGGCUCUUGAGGCAGCUCGGAAUCUUAUAAUUGCAAGAUGCGAGCAUGAAAAAUGUGUGAGGGGUGAACUAUGCAUCAUGGAGGUUGUUGGCGAAAACAAUUCUGAGCAUUUCUUUGUUGCUAGUCAAGAUGCUGACCUACGGAAGAAGUUGCAAGAGAUACCUGGUGUUCCUCUCAUAUAUGGUCUCAGAAAUGCUCUUUUCCUUGAAUCUCCAUCGGCAGUUCAGAAGGAAUAUGUCAAAACUUUGGAAGAAAGACGGAUGCAUAUGACCGACAUAGAAUACCAGAUAUUUAGAGAUAUGGCAAAGAAGAAAUUGGCUGGUGGGGAAGACAAUAAUUCCAAUACUGAAAUAAUGGAAAACAAGGAUUCAGGAGAUCCAAUUGCAAGUGCACAGGCAAUAAAAAGAAGUAUUACUUCAAGGAACCAGAUUGGCAUCAAGGAUAAACCUCAGUUCAAGAGAAAAAGAGCAAAGGCUCCAAACCCACUAUCGUGCAAGAAGAAGAAAAGCCGUGAAAAUCAAAACAAUACUUUGAAGGAAACGAAAGGAGAUAGCACAGUGAAGAGAAGCAGGAAAAGGAACAGGUCGCGGAAAGGGCCAACGCCAGCAGAAACCGGCAGUUAGGUAGAUCAUUAGAUAUAUACGGAUGAGUUCCUCGAGUUUGCUACUUCAGACAGUUUAGGGAGGAUGCCAAAUUUUAAUUUAUGUUAGCAUGGCACAGAAAAGAGCAUUAGUUAUAGUUUUAAAUUUUAUAUGGAUGUUUCUAUUUUUGCCACCAAAAUACGGUCCUUAAAAGUGUUGAGUUUAUGGAUUUGGACAAUGAUCCUAACUAGGUAAUGAUUUUAAAUAUAUAUUUUUUGGCUCA